AUGGCGGAGCCCGCAGUAUCAACUGUGAACCUGGUACAAUCAAGUCUGCCGUCAAAUCUGGAUACUGUCAUGUUUAUGGAAUUGGAAUAUAUGCUACAGAGCCAGAAAGAUAUUCUAGUUGUAACGAGAAACGAUAUAGAACGAGAGAAUCUGUUCGUGCUGACCAAUUUUAUAAUCCAUACCGCACAAAUCCAAAGAGUGAUCAACGCAAGCCUGAAGAAGCUCCAGGUGAACUGGGGUUAUCAUGGAAGAGGUCAAAACUACAAGGAAGGCCCGUUCGAUAGGAGUGUCUACUUCUGGCAGAGUUACCAUGAUGGCAUUUAG